GAGAGUAGGAGGAGCGCGGAUGCGACUGUAAACUUCACCGUUUUCUCUUUUUUAAACUUUUUUUUUAAGAAAAUGACAUCUGACACGUAAGGCCAACCCGUAUUAAUAAAACCUGUAAACCAUGCCAGGAUUGAGAGAGGCCGGGCUCCUUGGCGCUUCCGCAGCGCUAACCGGAGGACUUGCGUAUGUCGUUUGGAGCUUUUUGUCCUCGGGAGCAAAAGAGCCAAAACCGGGACGUGAGACGGUAAAGGCAGAGUCCGACCCCGCCACCGGAAAGGCUGCGACGAGAGGUGAACCUGUCACUGGGAGUGUUGCAGUCGCUGCGGCCGCGCCUGAUGUUUCAUCAGCACAAAACGCAUCAAUAACUAAGUCCAGUCUGGUGGAGAAAGGGAAACAGGUGUUGGUUCUGGGGCUGGAUGGUGCCGGGAAGACCUCUCUCCUCCACUGCCUCACCACGGCCGGCCAAGAGCAGGACGUGGAACCGACCCAGGGCUUCAAUGCCGUCUCCAUCAACAGAGACGACUUGCAGAUCGAGUUUCUAGAGAUUGGUGGCAAAGAGAACCUGCGUUGUUACUGGCAGAGGUACAUACCUAAGGCCCUGGUGUUGGUCUUUGUGGUGGACUCAUCCAAAGCCGAGCUGUUCUCCCAGGCGAAGAAGCAUCUGCACGAGCUGGUGGCCUCAGACCCUCACCUGCCUUUAGUGGUGCUGGCCAACAAGCAGGACCUCCCAGGAGCCUGCAGCAUCACUGAGCUCCACGACGGCCUGUCCCUGACGGAGGUGGGGGACCAGCGCAAGUUAUUCCUCAUAGGCACCUAUGUCCGGAAGGGAGACACAGAGCUCAGCUCAGGCGUGCAGGAUGCGCGAGAGCUUAUCAUCCAAAUGGUUUGCGAUAUGAAAUAGAAACCUCCUCUAACCUCAGUUCAAGUCUUUCAUUAGGCCCUUGGGCAGUUCGUGUGAUUUGUCUUUUUGAUAUUGCUAACUCUGUUAAGCUACUUUGCACUUUUUAAACUUCACUCUGGGUUUCAUCCACCAAAAUGACUAAACUGAGGUGGAUAUUGCGUAUUUAUUAUUCAAGAAUAAAUGCUUUUAGUUUGUUGUUUUGGCAACUCGAACAGUGGCUGUGUGAUAUUUGGGAUUACAGAUUGACUAGGUCUGAACUAGAGGGUGUGAACCUCCCAUUCAUUUUGACCAAGAUAAUCAAUGUUUUUGUGAUACCAUAGAUCUGGAACUGAAGUUCUCUCACCAAAGCACAAAGUUUAUACUUUGUAUUCAGUCUUUAAGUUUGUUGGCCUUCUGUGUGCUCUUAAAGAAUUUAAUUGACUUAGGUAUUAAAGGUUUUGUGGUCAUCUGUUUGUUAGAGUAAGUGGUGGUAUUUUCGUCAGGGACAUCUUUUGUUGUAUUGAGACUGGUAUUGUUGACUGUUGAUUGUAUUCUUAAAGCUAUCUUUCCUGGGCUAGUAAAGUAAUGCCAUGUUGCUUUGUGUGUAAGUGGUGGAGCGGCCCUGAGCUUUGCAAAUGGUGCAAAAUCAGUAUAUAGCAUAAUAUGUAGAAACACACAUACAAGGCUUCAGGUGAGCAGUGACCAUGCAGGUACUGAUGGGGUGUAGCUUAUUUACCAGUCAUGCUGCUAGCCACUGUGCCUGCUAACAUCACAGAUAUACCAACUUUUAAACUCCUCUUAUACCAUCAGGCUGCCAAAUUUAAACCCAAAUUUAAAUCUGAAUUGUGAUAUUUGCUCAACACCGAUUAAAAAGAAAACAAAACUUGGGGGCGUCCUGGUAGCAUAGUGGUAUAUUGCAUUGCCUACCAACACGGGGAUCACCUGUUCGAAUCCCCGUGUUACCUCCAGCUUGAUCAGGCGUCCCUACAAACACAAUUGGCCGUGUCUACAGGAGGGAAGCCGGAUGUGGGUAUGUGUUCUGGUCGCUGCACUAGAGCCUGCUCUGGUCAAGCGGCUGGCAACUCCACAUGUAUCGGAGGAGGCAUGUGGUAGUCUGCAGCCCUCCCUCGGAUCUGCAGAGGGGGUGGGGCAGCAACUGGGAUGGCUCAGAGAGCGGGGUGAUUGGCCAGGUACAAUUGGGGAGAAAAUAAAGGGGGGGGCUUGAUUGUGGAACAGGAGGUGAGUUUUUUCCUUUCUUGCUUAACACUGCUUCCGUGUGCAUCCAAAAGCAACCAAAGUAUAAAAAGAAAAGUACUGACAGUGAGUUAAAUUGGACAUUGCAUCAAGUCAUUGUGUGUCAUGGUCUGUAGACUCAAACACCAUGACACAAAGGUUGAAUGGCAUGUAAAAGCUAAACUUGUGGGCACUAUCGGCCUCUAAUAUGUGGUCCUAUUGAUAAUUGUAAAUGUAGAUUAGAGCUUCAAGAAUAUGUCUCUGCAUAUUCUGUUAAAACCGCACUUUUAGGCUGUCAGGUGGGAUAUUUCAUUCUAAAAGAAGCACCCCUAGACACUUCCGCUUGCAAAUAAAUUUGCCAUUAAUUGACUUAAACAACAUGAGCAUUUUGUACUGCUACUGAUUAAAGGCCUUUACACACCGGGGACGUGAUGAAUAAAUUACACAAAUAUGCGAAAUACUCGCCUGUGAAUAUUUCGCACCAAAACUGUUCGGACCGUUGUUCUGAAGGUUUGCGCUACCCACUCAGGAGGAGCCACCAGUCACUCAUCCUGUCAGACUAGUCUGAUAAACUAAGCCUCUCAAUCGUAAUGACCUACCCAAGCAAAAAACAUUGUUUAGUAGCUACACAGGUCAGAUACAUACAUACAUACAUAUACAUACAUACAUACAUAUGUAUGUAUGUAUACACACACACACACAUAUAUAUAUAUAUAUACACACAUAUAUUUAUGUGGAUUGUCACUGAAUUUCAUAUAUAUAUAUAUAUGAAAUUCAGUGAGUCAAGUACAUUUUUUAUGAGACAGUACAAGCCUGUUUCAUGCCAUAAGCAAUCAUCAGCUGUCAAUAAAAAAAAACAUAUGUAUAUAUAUAUAUAUAGAGAGAGAGAGAGAGAGAGAGAGAGAGAGAGAGAGAGAGAGAGAGCAGCUGAUGAGUGCGCGAUGCACGAAGCAAGCUUGUACUGCUAUGUAUUAAAAGUUUUUUCCUACGUCUAUAUUGAUAUUCCUCUCCUCAUUAGUUGAGCACUUCUAUCAACACCAUUGACGGUUUCUGGGGGAAAAAAACGCUAUAUAUAUAUAUAUCAACUAUGUAUAUCAAAUUGAGUGUAAAGAUCAAGCAAGAAAGCAUCCACCAAUAAAACAGGCCACAAGCAGUUUAGAAAACUGACGCGCUUUUCAAAAAAUAUCAGGAGACUUGUGGGUGGGAAACAUGUCAGACGUGGCGUUUACUGUUCAGAAACAUUACAAGAGGAUGUGGUGUGCGUGACAGCCAAAUUUUAAUGUUCACGUACACACAAGGUACACUUUAAUGUCUGGUGUAAAUCUAAUCCAGCUAAAUAUUAUUGACUUGUGAAUUAAUCGCACGAAAAAAAAACCGAAACCCCCCCCGUCCCAGGUGUGUAAAGGUGUUAAGACCUAUGUGUGCCCCGUUGGUUGUUUGUCUCAAUAAAUGGUGUUUAUUUCAAAGUGCCUUGGUUCUCCUAUUUGUGUACCUGACAUUGCCGCUGGUCAGCUUGUCUCAGUGCAGUUGUCUUAACAUGGCAGUACCUCUGGUCCUGGACUGCAGCUUUAAAGCAACAUAACAUGGUACAGAAUCCAUGCUUGUUAAACAUGUGUAUUGACUUUACAAUCUUAAACAGGGAAUCUAAAAAUGUAUAUUUUUUGGAACUAUUUUCAGAGAAUUAGCCAAAUAUAUUUUCAAACAUUUCAGGAAGACACUGACCAAAACUUACCCUUUGACAUUUGGGAUUUUACUGAGUUGUUUUUCUAAGUGUUCUGUGCACUGUGGGGUGGAUGUUAACGAAAUAGGGUAGCCUUCAUGUUCUCCAUUAAAAAAAAAAAGUACAAGUUCAAACAACACAUUGGAUUUCUUCAUCCAGUAAGUGUGUCUCUGUAACUUUAUACCACUGUAUCGUAGACCAAAGUUAAGUAAUAUGUGCUGUCAGACGUGUUGUGGAACUAGUCUUACUGUUUUGUCAUUUCUAAAUAAAGACACGUUGUCUUCAAUAA